AUUUGUCUCUAUUGCUCUAGACUUGUGAAUAUUCUAUCCUGGAAUAAGGUCCAAUUUCAGCCUUGUUUAUACCUGGAAAAUCGUUAUACUAUUUUAUGCAAAAACCAAUAUAUUCACUCCAGAUAUAUAUAAUAAAAAAUUGUCAAAAAUAAUUGAAGAAAGGCUGCCCAUGUGGGCACUUCCAAGUAAUCUCCAGAAUCGAUGCUUCAAAUACAUUGGAUGUUACUAAAACAACACAUAUAUGAACAAACAAACACCCACAAAAGAAGAUCAGAAGACCCGAUCUUUGUUAUAAACACACAACUUCUUUCUUUUUAGAAUAUCUUGUCUUCAUUUUCUUAUAACUUUCUAGUCUUUCUCUACUUUUUUCAGUCUCUAGUUUGAAAAGGAAAUGGAUCUUGUAAGUUCGAGUGAAUCAUUUAUUGAUGAUCUUAUAGAAGAUUACUGGUUCUUUGAGAACUUAUUUACCAGGAGAUCGAGAGCCUUAAGGGAUUGUCACUCAGAUCCUUACCCUUCUUCUUCUUCUUUGAGUUGUCAUGAAAAAAUGGGAGAUUCAGAUGAGAGGAAGUAUCUAGAAGCUUCCACAGGGCGAUGUUUGAACAGGGCAGCUUCGAUAGAUGGAAGAGAAGGAGGAUCCAAGAAGAAGCAGUUGUCUGAAAAUAUUAUGGUUCAAGAACAGACACCAGUUAUGUCUUUCUUGCAUAAGAAGGAACCUGUGGUUCUUCCCAAAUCUGGAUCUCGCUCGGCUCCGGGGAAGAUUCAAGAACCUUCCACAGAGCGCAGUUUGAUCCGGGCACCUUCUUUGCCACCUCGGAUAGACAAAAGAGAAAUGGAGUUAGAGGCAAAGAAGAUGAUUAAUAAGCUGACACGGCAGUUCUCUGAGAAGAUUAGGGUUCUAGAACCAACGACAACAACGAGUGAUCGUUUCUUGCAGAAGAAGAAAACACUUGCUCCAAAGAAAGCUAGUAGUACUGAAAGGAACAGAAGAGGAGCUGAUAAUAGUAGCAGUGUCAAGAUUAGUUUGCAAAGAACUCAAACGAUGCCAAAUAACAUUAGAAGAGGAGAAGAAGAACUUGAAGAUCAAGAAACCGACUCAAGAAUGGGAUUCUUGAUCCGUGAAGCUCUUGCAAGCUCACAAAAUGCUCAAAAUGUCUCAGGCAAUGAAAGGCAGAGACCACCGAGACACUUGAAGCCAGAAGCAACUGUUUUGGUCAAACAAACAAGCCCAAGUCCCAAAACGCUGCGUAAAACGGUAAGCAGCAUAGAAACAGCCAAAGAGAUUCAAGGUUAUGAUGAUCAAGUGGUCGAGCCGCGUGUUGUGAACGGGUUAGCUACACCACCUAGGGUUCCGAAGGAUACAAGGAAAGAAAUGAAGGAUCAGAUCAAGUUUUGGGCUCGAGCUGUAGCUAGUAAUGUCCGACAAGAGUGCUGAAAAUUCUUCUAAUUACACUAAUUAACUCUGUUCUUGUAUGGCACUAUUCCGUACAAAUGAUUCUUAUCUUGAACUCUAUUGUGUUUAUUUUCUUUCUGAUCCUCCUGAAAUAAUGAGAUUCUUCUGUUUAUGUGAU